AGAAGACACAAUCAGGGACACGGUGCACACAGAAAAGACAGGGGAGGAGCUGACAGGAACCUGAAAAAGAGACAAUGGUGAGUGAUCUUAAAAUAACAAGACAUGAAACAGAGAGAGAAGAAUAAAACAGAUAUAGACAGACAUGACACAUCAAGACACUCUGCUGCAGAGAAGUGUCCUGCAUUGUUCACACUCUAGAAAUGAUAGUCUGUGUUUUUAAAACAGUGGUCAGAUAUUUAGAGAGAAGAGGUUGACACAGACUGUGCUGUAGCUACUGACAAGCCCUCAGCUGGAGAUUAAGCAGCCCAGCAGCCACCACAGCUUGAGUCUAUUUCUGAAUGGAUGUCAAACGUGUGACCACAUCCUACCUUGGUAAGAUCAAAUAAGUCAGCUCUGAUUGGACUUCAAGUACAUGUGACUUAUUGUUUAAUAAAUAUGAAACGUAGUUUCGUUUGCAUAUUCAGUGAGUUUGUGCUUGAAAUAUUGUUAUCCUCCCACAUCCACUGAAUCUGUAGCAUCCAAUAACACAUCCAGUGAAACAUAGGCAGCCACAUUUGUUGAACAAGGUACACGUUUGUGUUUUUUAAAUCCAAACAGAUUUAUUUUCUUUUACACAUAUUUUCAUAGAUUUACUGGAAAAUGCUUGAAAGUCUCAGAGUCUCAUCAGUAAGCCACACAGGGUCCAGAUAAAACUCUACUGACCUCAAGUGGAGAUGCUUUGUAGUGAACUAAAUGAGUUCAGACCAGCUUUUUCAUCUUCUUUUGUUUGCAGAAAACAGUUAUUGCAAAGUAAACCUUUUCUAUCUAACUCUUUAAUUUUCAUUUUGAUUUAUUUUUUCAAAUCAUGACUUGAUUUCUUUUGACUUUGUUUUCAGCUGACAUUAUAAGAUCGCUGAAUUGUAUCAAAUACAUUAAAAAAAACAGGAAAAAGAAAACAGUGUGAUGUUAGCAUUAUUUAUUGGCUAUCAGCUGAACUGCUGUUAAAAAUCAGUCGGCUGCUGAUUUCAACCAGGUCUGAAGUGCCUGUUGUAGCGUGACCUGAAAAAACAGACUGAAGUGAACCUUAUCUGUAUAAAAUCCCCUCAAGACUGAGAUGAGUGUUUGCUGCUGCUCUCUUUCUCUCUCUCUUUCAAUAUCUUUCACUUCAGAAAAAAUACAGGUCUUGUGUGGUUUAACCUAUGAACACAUUAUUAAAGUUGAUGCAUAAUCGACAGACUAUCAAUAACAUGCACCUCUCAAAUUUUAAAUGAGAAACAUUCAUUGGUUGGCAUGUUUAAAUAUCCCUCUCAUUUGUUAUGUUGAAUUUUAUAUUUAAUUCUAGAGCAAUGAUAAGUGAAAGAAUUGUUUCAGAGUCAGAGGUCAUAGAAAAGGUAAGACAUAAUACAAUAAAACAUAAUAAAGAAAAAAUGCAUUAAUAAAUCUAUACUUUGCAUAUAUUUAUUUAAAAAAAAACAUCCACUGUAUUAUGAGUAUUUUAUGGAAAGAGAAAGUCCAUUUUUGAGCACACGUUUCUUGUGUUUAUGGUCAUGCACUGUGGGGUCGGAACAGAAAGGUUGACGCAUAAGACUUCCUGGAUGUGGUCUCAGAGUCUCAUCUAUGCAUGGGGUCUUGUGCUUCGACAACUCUGCCAGUAAAAGAAACUAUAAUAACUGAUGAUCUUGAUAGUGCAAGAAACUGUCUUUUAAUCUCAGACUGUUGCUGCCGAUUGGCUGUGAUAGACUGGCGAUAAAGAUAAAUGUAAUAAAUGUAUAGAUAAAUGUUCUUAAUAAUGUGCUAAAGGUCAAUAUGCAGCAAAAUCAACUGCUGCAGGCUGUAACAGUGAUAUUACACUAUAUCAAAAACGGAUUGAUCCAAGGUUUGUAUGUUGAUCCAGUUUUGUUACGGUAAUAGUUCCUUGAAUCUUCAUAAGAGUAAAUCCUCUGACUCAUAUGAAGUACAAGAAUUCACUCUCAGAUAUGUCAGUUUAGAAACCCAAAUAUGGAGUAUGAAGAAAAAUAUGACAGCACAAAACAGUAGUACCUAUUUUCUCUUCACCAAUCAUUCCUGUAACAUUUCCAAAGUCCAAACUGUGUUACGACUAGUGGUUGUUUCACAUCUAUUCUCUUAAGCUUGUUUGAUGUCUCUCAUACUCAGCUCCUUGUCUAUUUUAACAACCCUGUUUAAUUUUUGUGCUGUUUUAACACUCCAUCUGUUCUUUUUUUAUCUACUGCUCACUGGUCAAUCAUUUACCACCAAUCCUAAGUGUUGUACUCUCCAAAUGAGUUAAUGGUUGUAUUAAAUAUAGCCUCCAUGUGGUCUACCAGAAGUGAUAUUUUUGUCACAUUGCCAACAGAAAGAGGCGACAUCAUCAACAGUGUAUAAGACGGACUGUUUUUCCUUUCUAUGGUUUAACGGCCCACAGAAACAUGUCGUUACUCAGAACUUCUUACUAUUUCUAUGAGGUUUUGGCUCUUCAGAAGUAGUUAACAUAGCUCGGUGACUAUUAGGAAAGCUGGGUAACAGAAUAAAAUAAUAAUGCCAACAUCAUUACACUUAAAAUGGUCACUGUAUUGGUAAUGAAAUACGUGUCUUGGAGAAAUGUCAAAAUGUUCACACAGCUCUAGAGGCCGAGGUUCACUGUUUCCUGUGGUUUUUCACUUUGUUUUCUUCGCAGAGGCCAGUGCAGAAAACGCACCAGCAUGCAUGCACAGACACACAUAAACACACAAAAGGGGGUGUGAAGUUGACUCUCAAGAAAUGGAUGGAAAGUUGUGUGGUUUCUGAAGGAUCCUGCAAAAAAGGUGUUUCAGCUUAAUGCAGAAAAAAGAUAAAAAUAAAACCCCUUGCUUCACUGUGGGCUAACAUGUUUGGUAAAACAAAUUAGAUGCAUUAAUUCAAAUGGUAUAGACCACAAUCUAGUAGAGCACACCUGUAGAGUUGAGACAGUGUUAAUUGUUGGUGGAGAAAGUAUAAAGGAUGUGAUGAGGGUUACACCCCCGCACCCUGACACUGAUUAGAAGGGGGGAUCUGUUCUUAAAUAGCACACUGACGGAGCAGGAAGGAUGCAGCAGGGUGACUGUUUGACAGACAUUGCGGCAAUAUGUUAUUGGUGUAAUUCUUCAAAGAGAAGGCAUAACCCAUGAUGACAGAAGCAGAAAGGACUGGGAAACGAGACAGAGAGAGAUGAAUAAAUGAUGAAUAUAACUAAAAAAAUGUAACACAGCUGCCCUAGCUGACCUUUAUUUCUGGUCUUUACUACAGCAUUUAAACAAGCCUGUUCCUUACAGAAACAUGAUGCAUGGGAUAAAUAAAGAGCUUUAUUUAGGGUCCAACAUAGUUCAAAACAUCACAUGCAUCAUACUAAAUGAAAACCACAAAGAAAAUGUGUCACUGCUUUGCCAAUCACUACUUUAACUUCCUUUCACAUUUAAGUCUGUGCAGGUCAUGAUGCCUGUGCGUAAGACCUUUUUCACUUCCUUUCAGCACUCUGUCACUGCCACUCAUGGACAGGCUGCACCUUUUUUUGGUUGUUCUGCCAGGUAAGUUUCUGUUGACCACUUCAGUUGAUUUCAGAGCAAUUACUGUUUCAUUUUGAAUUAACCAUGUUAUACUUGUUGUGUUAGAAAUCAAAUGUUUGCUUGUUAUUGUAUUGAUUAUUGAUUGUGUUUGAAUUUCAGCCAUUGUUUCUUUGAGCUGUGACUGCGUCUGUGGAUCCGUGUCAGAAAUGACGGUCAAACCAGGAGGAAACAUCACUCUCUACUGUGACUGCAAAAUAUUAACUGGAGUAUACAUUGUGUGGUACAGGAACUGCUCUCAUGAGAACCAGCCUCCUCUGGUCCUAAAACCAAAACGUGGUUUUUUUAAUCAAAAAGAUGACUUUAAUGAUCUUCUGACAAUCUUUGACCGUUUUCAAUUCGUGAGCAACAUUUCUUCUAAAUCCUACGACCUGUUGAUCCAGAACGUCUCAGAUUCUGAUGAAGGCUUGUACUACUGUGGAACUGGCCAACGGAGCGUGGAGGUCAAAGAAGGAUACAUCGUUCCAAGAGAUAUUUACAGCGAUGGCAAUGUCACAACAAGGAUCAUAGUCAGGACACACUCUGGUCUGCACUUUUCAUUUAUCUACAGCAGGCAGUGAAUCUUCUUAGACUAAUUCAACUUAUAAGUCUAAAGUACACAUUUAGAUACUUAUCCUGCACACCCUAGUUGUCUUUUGUACACCAGCUGUUAUACUGUGUGUGUGUUAGGACUGUCACAAUAUAUCAGCGUUGAUGGUAACAGUCUUUCUGAAAAUGUGAAAUAGGCUAGUGAUAUUGUGCAAAAAGUUACAGUAGUACCAUAAGUUCAUGGUUGAGGUCCUUUACGCUAGUUGCCACAUGCCAUAAAACAGAGGAGAGUCGAAGAAAAAUGGCAGAUUGCCCGUGAACUUGCCCGAAGCAGCUCUCUGAAGGGAUGUAUCAUGCAUUUUUUAGACACUAUAUUUCCUUUCUGAUACCAUUUUAAUAGCUCUACGUGAAUUUCGGAUAAAAAAAGCCUCAAAUUAUUUAGUACAUCUCACACAUAGACUAUGGUCUCGCAUUUUCACGUCAUUUUUCACCAUAAUCGUUAGGUGAAAUAUCCAGCAUAUUGACACCUCUAGUCCAUAUCAUAACCCUGCAGGAAUAAGUCAUUAUCUCUUGCAAACAAGUAAAGAUUUAGUGAUUAAAGCAUUUCACAGCUCCAACAUGGAGGAUACAUUUCUCAGUCUUUAGGGAAAGAAGACAAACCAAAGAGGAAAAGAAUUGAAAAGGUGUGAUUCAUUUGGAUUUUCUGCAGAUAACUACGUCAUGGACGUGCCUGUGGUAUCCUGGUUGAUGCCGUUCAUUCCAGCCAUUACUGUUCUCUCCAUUAUCAUCCCAUUUACUUUGGCAUUUCACUUCUGUCAAAUUACAGGUACUUGUUAUUUCUUUGUAGCUUUUUUUCUCUAAAUUGUGUUUAAACAGUCUGUCUUAGACAUUCCUAUUAUUAUUUAUGUAUGUAAUGUAUGUUUUUAGUAAAUAAUACCAUUUGUAGGUGGGUGUUUCUGAGCAAUAAUGUUUUGAUUUUAAUUUUUUAGAAUCUCAAAGUCACAAGACAAGGCCCUACAGCAGAGCAAGGAUGAGCCAGCAUCAGGUAAUAAAUAAGACUUCAAUUUUAAUCUCAAGUGUCUUUGUCAAUACCUUAAAGGAGACCUAUAAUAUACAUUUUCUCCUUCUUGUUGUGUCAGUCUGGAAUACCUACAGUAGCUUUGCAUGAUUUGCAGCUCAUAUUUAUCAUUUACCUUUUACGGGUGUCUGUGAAAACCCUCCUUUCAGUGUUUCUACUUUUCCAAUUAAAAACUUUAUGGGGGUCAAGUUUCAAAUUUGACCUGAAAUCACAUCUUGUGCUCACCAAGCUCCUCAUUUAACCCCGUUAGCAUACAUUAGCCACUAUAGCAUUAGCUGCUUUUGUCAUGUUAUGUCCAGCCUCUAAUUUCAAUCCGUCAUGGAAGGUCUUUAUAGAUAGAACAGCUUCAGGUUUCAGUCAGGAUAUAUGCGAAUCCAGUUCAUACUGGCUGCUGUUUACAAAGGCAUGAUCAGAGAAACAUAAAAACUUACCACCUUUUCCUGGUGCCAUUGUCUUUGAAAAGACAAAUAGCUGUGAUUUCACUUCACGACUAAAAGGACACUUUUGCCUCUUUGAGACAUGCACAAAAUUUCCUGAAAUUUCCUGGUUGAGCUUUAAGUGUGAAUAGACCAGAAACUGACAAGUUUGUCAUCUGGCUUCACCCAGAGUAUUUCCUGCUCACCCCUGGAAUCAUUUUGGGGUAAAGUCUGGGUAAGUGCAUGAAUAUGCAGCAGCAAAUCUUCUGGAUAGUUCCCUGCAAGUAGUGGCAGGAGAGUGUGCUGGAGAUACAUGUUUCUCAUGUGGUUGCUCUUCAAUGCAUUUCAAUCCGCUAAUGCAAACGCUUGUUCCGCGAUUGUCCUCUAUUUCUUCGAGUCUGGCCUGCAUAGUGGGGCUCCAGGGGCGGAGCUUGGAUUGGUUAUGUAUUAAAUCUCAUUGUAUAUGAUCCUGUUGUUUGGGUCUGCCAGAGAUUCACAGCGAUUUGAAUGCAGAAAUACUCAGAAAUGCAAUUUUGCACUUAUGUUCCUCAUGAUAUGUCCUGUAGCGUCAGAAAAAUGCCAUAUGAACAUGUAGCCAACAAGAAAAACAUGAUUUUCAUAGGAGUGGGUCUUUAAAUACUGUACUUAGUAAACACUUUUAUAUCUAAUAAUCUACACUUUGUUCUAACUAUUGCAAUGUCUCAUUUAUUCUUAUUUCAUUCCUACUUUAUAUUUUAUUCUAUUAAUAUUUGCACUUUCAAAAGCAAAUGUAAUGACCAAACUUCCCCCAACAAUAAUUAAAAUAUUCUGAUGCUGAUAUCUCAUGUUAUGGAACUUUGCUGAGGUUUAAUGUGGACAUUUAACAUUGUAAAAUUAUAUGUAUGGAUCGACACAAUAGGUUAAUAGGUCUCCUUUAAUGAAUGUAGAAUCAAGUCUCAUGACAUACAACAGUUGAAGCAUUAUGAUGAUCAUUAAGAUUAAGAAAUGUCAAAUUGUCUCACAGGAUGAAGAUUUGUAUCUAACACGGGUUGUGUUCCAGCUUCAGGAUGGACAGACACAACAGUAAACAGCAGACGAUCCCUGCCAGCACAUUCCUCCUUACAUUGAUUUGGAGUAAAGUUUUGUAGAAAUGAAAAUGAAUGAUAUGUUUAAUGUGAAUAACUUUCAUAAGUAAUUUGUAAACACAUUUUUUCCCCCUCCAUUUGUGUUUGAACAGUCGGUUGCGUUACUUUCUGUUUCUGUUAAUGUAUAAGGAUGCAUCUUAGUUUUAGAAAGUAAAACACAUGACACCCUCUGUUUGGUUUUAGCGUUAUAAUUUAUUGCUUGUUAAAAUGCUUCAGACCUGGAACAAACUCCUCAACUCUAGAAAUACUAUAACUGAGGAACCUGUGAAUAUGAUCUAUGUUCUGCAGCCAGAAAAAAUGACUAAGUUAGGAGCACAUGAUGUGAUUCUGCUCUGUCAUUUAUAAGCUGUGUGCUCAUAAAAUCAUGUCUCCAAAGGGUGCAAAA